AUGAAGUUUCAUGUGCUUCUCCCAUCUCUUGUGGCUAUUAGCCUCGCCCAUGCUCAAAGUGUCACAACCGCUGAGUACAAUGAACUGUGUCCUUCCAAAGACAACCAGGAGGAGGAGAAGCCGACUGGAUCGGGAAACUGGAUGAAAUACAACUGUGGAAAACGUCCCAGAUCGUUGAGUGAGUUCAUCCCUAAGUCGGACGCGAAUGACAUCAAUGCCUGUAUCCAGGCAUGUGUGGACGAAACCAACUGCAAAGGGAGCCUAUGGGAUGGUCGUGUGGAUCAGACAGGCAACCGUUGUCGAAUUUUGGUGUCUGGUACCGCACCUAGUUCUCUCAGAGACGCUGCAGGAGGAGUCUAUAUAGCGUAUGAGUUUCGAGAGGCGGACGAGUGGGAUCUAGACGACGAGUGGGAUUUGCCUCCAGAUGUCUGUGAAACCCAAAAUGUUGAAGCUGCUUGCUCCGUUAAUGUGGGGAGAGAUGUUGCUUAUAAGGGGAGGAUGCUAAAAGUAUUCGGCGGAGCCCACUGGGCUGGAAGGGAUGAUGUCGGUCAUUUCACUAGUAUCAACAUUACCCGAUGUGUUGACGAGUGCCUCGCCGUCUCAGCAUGUAGGAGUGUGAUCCAUGACAGACGUGUCAAUAACGGCCCUUGCUAUCUCAGAAACUUUGCUUUACCUGCGGGAAGACCAACGAAUCCCCAAGACCAGUGGAACAGCGUUUUCAUCAUCUCUUAA